AUGGCUGAAUCCAACAAGAAGAUUGUUGGAGAAAUCGAUCGAUUCGAGGAUAUUUUCCAUGGUCAUGAUGAUGAUAUCGAUGAAAACGAUGAUCAACCUAUCAAUUUUGAUGAUUAUUGGCUGAAUUUCGGUAAAAAUGAACGAAUUGAAGAAGCACAAUUGAAACCGUAUGAAGAAGAUGAUGAUGAUGAAGAUGAUGAACCCAAUCUGGAAUAUCCUUUGAUCGUUCAAGAAGUUCUACAACGAGUGGUAGCAGAAGUGGCAGCAACACCGAAACCACCACCACCGCCACAACAAGAAGUCGAACAAGAACAACAACUAUCGCAACAAUUUGGUCGAUUAUCUGCAUCAGGAUCAGUGCAGCGACCAACCGCGAUUGAAAAUAUACCAAGAGAAUUAAGCCUGGGAACGAAACGUCCAUUGUUAACACCAACGACACCAACAACGCAAGCAGUGGUGGCAAUACCAAAAAAAUUGAAAAGUGUUCAAGAACGAAUCAGCGACAAUGAAAUACCUCGGUAUUUAUCUACGAACUGCAAACUUUUUGAUCGUUUCAUUACUCCUCGAUUGGAAAAAAAUCGUGUUCGCAUUCCAGUGGAAAGUUUAAAAGCUACUGCAAUCUUAAAACAUCGACUGGCUUUACUAGAUCUUCAACUACGAUUAUGGUCAGCAUAUUUGCAAUCGGGUACGGCUCAUUUACAAGGCAAUAAAGAAGACAUCGUGGCACGAUCGCAUCUGGUUACCUGGCCGAAAGAAGUCAAAGAUAGUAUGCUCGAAGAUGGCUACGAAAUGACUGACAUGGGCAGCACAGAGCAUGAAACCUGUUUGAAUUAUGUCAAUGAGAAGUUAAAACAUCUCAAUAUGCAAAACGAACGUUAUCAAGGCCAGUUAAAACAACAAAAACAAUCGAUUGGUGUUGGUUGCAAUUCUGUUAUAGAAAAAGCAAUCGAUGAAUUCGUCGAAAAGCAUGGUCUCAUGUUUCAUCGUCUACGAAUUGACCAAGAAAUUGCUCGAAUUGAAUUCGAAUACAAAGAUCGCCUACUGGAAUGGGAAUUCAAUCGAGAACAUCCUUUUCAAGCUCAUGUUGAAACAUUCAAAACACUUACCAAAUGUCAUCUGGCCAAAGAAGUUCUCAAAAUGGAAGUAUCCUUGCUCAAGCAAUAUGUUGUUAAGAAUUAUUUACCAGAUUAUUUGCGAAAAUUUCAACUACCCAAAUUGGAAGCAAUUGACACAAUUACUGAUCCAAAUAUGCGUCAGCGUCUGACUGAUCGAUACGACAAGAUUCUGCAACGAACUGUAUCUGACAUCAUGUUAGUUCAAAUUUCAACAGCUGAAAUACAAAAGGAGCAAACGCAGAAAAAAUUCGAUAACGAUAUGGCUACAUUCAAAGUCAAUCAAACACAUGGACCCGUCUACAAUAAAUUAACGAAAACCAUGUGUGAUGUGAUGCACAAAUGCUUUACAAAUCAAAAUUUGGUUCACCGUUGGAGCGAUACUCAAAUAAACAAAUCACCGCUUUUAUUUUAUUCUCCAAACACAUUUAUUCAUGCUCGUCAUCAUCUAUCGCCUGAUCAAAUACAAUUUCUUCAACGUGGUCCUGCAUAUGUUUCACCUGGCCAAUUACAUCUCAUACCCUACGAUUCAAUGAUCGAUCAAGUUGCAUUGAGACAGUUGGUACCUUUGAAACAAUCAAUGACAAAAGUCUUUUCCAAACUGCAUAUCGAUGUUGCACGGCAAAUGAACUUUUCUCGUUCGAUCGAAAGUAAAUUUCUCCAGUCAUUUGCUCAACCAUUACCAACAUUGGUCAAAGAACGUGCAUUCUAUGAACGAAAUCUAAUCGAAUCAAUCCAACGUCAAAUCACCAAAGAUCAACUGAUCUUACAACGUACAGCUGAUGAAUACAAUACAUAUUAUCUUGGUCCAAAAUAUGAUUACUAUGACCUGGGUGAUACUUACAUAAUAAACAAUAAAGCCUACGAUCUGGUGACUACUCUUGAAGGUCGCAAUUCGACCAUGUCUGAACAACAACUUGAUGAAAUGGUUCAUUCGUGGAAUUUUGCUCUCGAAGAAUUAUUCCAAAAGAAAAUGAUUCCAGAUGACUUUUUGGAAAAAUACAAAAUCACCAAUAAAUCACAAGUGCAGCUUCCACACAUGUAUUUUCUACCCAAGAUGAGUCAAACUGGUGAAAUUCUAUCAUUGGAAGCAAGACUAACAUCAUGUCUUCAAAGUCCAAACUAUAAAUUGGCUAGUUAUCUCGAUGGUUUCCUACGAUUUAAAGUUCUCAUGGGUUGUCAAGCAAGUGCAGUGCAAAGUGGUGGUGAUUUUAUUCAACGACUGGAUCAAUUCUGCAAACAAGCAAAUAAUAUCAAAGCUGACACUUAUUUGGUCACCGUGGAGAUUCCAGAACUUUACUCUCAAGUAUCACAUCAGAGUUUAAUCAUGACUCUGAAUGAUUUUUUACAUACGCAAACAGUGAAUGGUCGAUUCGAUCGACUUACUGUUACUGCACUGGUCGAAUUAACUCAUAUUGUUCUACGAAAUAAUCUCUUUGUUUAUCAACAGAAAAUUUAUCGUUACAUGCAAGGUUGUCCAAAGAACUUAUCGUUAAUUGAACUGUUGGGUAGCAUCUACAUACAUCGUUGGUCAAUGAAAUUAAUUCGACAAAUUCGUCUUACUAAUGAAUUUUAUGCUCGAUACCACAAUACAGUAUUUUUUACAUGGAGUCAAAGCAAGUCUAAACUGGAUCAACUAUUGAAGAAGGUCACAUUUACUCUAUCAGGUGAUCUACAAACGAAAAUCUCGAUUGGCAACAAAGUUCAUUUUCUUAAUGCAUACAUCGAAAAUCAAAAUGGUCAUCUACACACGCGUGUUUACCAUAAUCCAAGCCAACAAUUAUUUCUCUUGCCAUAUGCUAGUGAACAUCCACGUUUAACACAUCGACAAUGGUAUCGAUAUGCUCUUGUACGUGCCGUUCAAUACUGUGCUACACUGGAAGAUUUCCACGAAGAACAACAGUAUAUCGAAUUGUCCUUUUUGGCUAAUGGUUAUUCGUUGGAUUUCGUUGAAUAUCAUCUACGUCAAUUCUUCAAACGCUUUGCUCAUGUCUAUCGGUCGAACGUUUCCAUGAACCAGAAUCGAUAUAUGAAAAUACGCCAGGAAAUAUUUCGAUUUGUUCAGCAACAAAAAGAUGCUUACCAUGAACAACAACAACAACAAUGGAUUCAAAAUCGUCGUUUGCUUUCGUUCUACUAUCUAUUCGAUUGGGGCACUCGACAUAUAUUCAAUGCACAAUUCUAUAAACUCUGGAAUGAAAUUAUCAGUGAAGAUUCCAAUUUCAAAGCACAAGGUUACAAAGUUAUUCUGAAAUCGAAACAUUGCUAUUCAUCUUAUACACUUUUGGCUCAACGAUUCAUUCAUCAUAUUUAA